UUUUUUCCAGAGAUUGAGGGACUCUGCUUGUUUGCUCUACUUGUUUGUGUUCCACAUCUUAUCCGACCAUCCAAAUUUCCUUUUCCGCGUAUCCCAUUAGACACAAACUCAGGGCAGCGUGUAGUUGUUGUUAUGUUUUUAGCCCAUAUGUCAUUUUUAUUAAGGUUUGACGUUUCUCAAAUCCUCAUCAUUUCAAAACAUCUACAUGAAAAGUUUGAGGCAGUUACGACGUCAUAGAAAAACGUUAGAGCGUUUUGGAUAAGUCCACGUCUCGCAUCCUGUCGAUAUGUUGUUUUUUCGAGAAAAUCGGGUCAGUGUCGGUAUUUGGACGUCCUCAUCAUCAUCAUCCUCAACAGCCGAACCGAUCCAGGCUGCCGUUCCCCCUUCCGUGCAGCUCGUGCUCACGGUGCUUUACACGGUCCUGUACUCGCUGCUCUUCGUGUUUGUUUACCUGCAGCUCUGGCUCAUUCUGCACUACGGACACAAGCGCUUCAGCUUCCAGAGUGUUUUUCUCUUUCUCUGUUUGCUGUGGUCGGCUCUGAGGACGACGCUCUUCUCGUUCUACUUUAAAGAUGUUGUGCAGGCGAACCAGCUGAAGCCUCUGCCUUUCUGGCUCCUGUAUUGUUUUCCAGUCUGCUUGCAGUUCUUCACCCUAUGUCUGCUCAACCUUUAUUUUGCACAGGUAAUCUUCAAAGCCAAAGCAAAAUAUUCCCCAGAACUCAACAAGUACAAGGUGCCCCUGCGCUUGGGCUUUCUGCUGGCCAGUAUUUUUUUCCUUGUUGUGAACUUGACAUGUGCCAUGCUGGUCCAGGGAGGGGCCAGUGAGAGUCAAGUGAAGGAUGCCGUGCUGGCACGCGUGCUAGUUAACGACAGCCUCUUUGUAGUCUGUGCAAUCUCACUCGCCGUCUGCAUCUUCAAGAUCGCCAAAAUGUCUUCUGCCAACGUCUACCUGGAGUCAAAGGGGACAUCAGUCUGCCAGGCCACUGCCAUUGGGGCAGCAAUUAUCCUCCUCUACACCUCCAGAGCCUGUUAUAACCUGGUAGUGGUGGCUCUGUCUCCUGAAGAUCGGCCCAGCCCGUUCAAUUAUGGCUGGUACAAUAUAUCUGACCAGGCUGAUGCAGAGAAGAUCAAUGGGGAAGCCUAUGUAGUCUUUGGAAUCAUCCUGUUCUUCUGGGAGCUGCUGCCCACCAGUCUGGUUGUGUUGUUCUUCAGAGUGCAGCGGCCCAAUCAAAACCUGGUGGCCAGCGGUAUGAUCAACAGUCACAGCUUUAGUUCCAGGGCUUAUUUCUUCGAUAACCCUCGGCGCUAUGAUAGUGACGAUGACCUGUCUCGAAAUGCAACUUCCCGAGGAGAGAGAUGCAGUACCCUGUCGUCAACGGCACAAAUGGGCCCCAGUUGGUACGGCUCGAUCCAGAGGAACGGCAGCCUUACAGGGAUCCCUCACCUGCUGAACGGUCCCCAAACAUCAACCGCCCCUCUUCUUUUCGCUUCUGGCAACAUUCAGACCAAUCAACACCAUAACUACUAUUCCACCCCACAGAACUACUACUCAACCUCCCAGACACACUACUCCACCCCUCAGAACUAAUGUGGACGACCCUUCUGUGAAUGAAUCAAGUCUGAGGUUUUGGCUCAGGCUGGGCUGCAGACACCUCGGACAUCAUUGAGCAUUGCUUUGCGGUCGUCUUCCCCCUCAGUCAAUUUGUCUGCCCACUUCGAGGCACUGUCCCUGCGAGCGAACAGUAGUCAUGGCAAUGAAUGUGGCUGGAAGGAAUUUAAAAGGGACCAUACAAAGUGGUUGGGGGAAUUGGAAUGAGUUGGAAUGGCAGUUGAUAUGACACUGAACAAUGUUCUUUAUGUCAGUGUUUCUUCAUCAUGUAAAUUUCUGAGCUCAUAGAAGGGGCGAACUGCAGUGAAGAGCUAAAGCUUUUUUUUCUUUUUUAGCUGUUGAAAGCCAAAAUAUCAGUCCAGCGUUUACUCAAAAUGUUCUCAUACUUUUUAGAUCAUCAACCCCAUUAAAAUUCCAUGGGUUCAGAACUUUGCUGCAAUGAUCUGUGAACUUUUGGCAUAUGGACUCCCCUCUGUGAGUUGGGAUGUGCUUUUUGCACUUAUUAUGAGCCUAUAUUUCAUUUUUGGAUUAAUUGGAAUAGCUGGGGUCCUGAAUGUGGUGGUGGUGUUGAGAUUUUCGUAGGGGUACACUUUGCAUAUUCCAUUCUCUUCGAGAGUCCAUUUGAGACUCAAUAUCCAGCUUUUUUCCAAGAGGCUUUUCAAGACCAACGUCCUGGAAUUCCCAAUAUUCUGAAUUUGUUGAGGGCAUCAAGGUGCACUUGUACUAGGAAUCAAUGUGCACUGACAUAAACAUGAUGUCCAUUUGUCUUUCUUUUAUUGCUUUGACAUUUUAUUAUUUUGCCAAAGAGCACAUGCUUAAAUCCAGGCUUGACACUCGAGUCUCCAUGCUAGAGAUCCUUGGUAGAUUUCCACGCUUUUCGACGGUGAAGAGAGUCAGAGACUAGAAGACAAAUCCGGUGUGAUAAUCCCUGGACGGAUGCCUGAUAUCUAGUGUGUUUAUAUGUACCAAGUGUGAAUAGGAAGUUUAACUCUACUUACACUCUCUAAUAUUUAGGUACUUUCAGCGAUGCUUUGAAGAGCCUUUCAAAUUGACUUAUGGGUGAAUUUACCCACAUAUAUUCUGUACGCAUUUAACGAUAUCUUUCGUCAAAACUAGUUUAUCAUACUAAGCAUAUCGCUGUCCAGGAAGGCCUGAAAUGGUGCCAUUUGUAUGAUUUUCCAAGAGAAAAACAUGUUGCACAAAAUUAAUAUUUGUAUUGAAGAUGUUUCAUAAGCUUUAUAUCAUCAUUCCUCUAUAGAUGUAUAUUGCAGGAACAUGAUUGCUCAGAAAGCAGUCUCCCAUAUCCAGUACAGUUUAGUAACUGCUACCAAGCUCAAAGGAAUGUUCCAGGUUCAUUACAAAUUAAGCUCAAUCGCAGAAUUUGUGGCAUAUUGUUGAUUACCACAAAAAAUGAUUUGCACUCUCCCCUUGUUUAUUACAAAGAAGAGGUAACCGUAAGGCACUUACAAUGGAAGUAAAUGGGGCCAGUCCAUAAACAUUAAAAUACACAUUGUUUCAAAAGUAUAGUCACAAUACGUAAACAUUAUACGUGUUAAUGUGAUUUUAGUGUGAUAAAAUCACUUACUAACCUUAUCUGUGUAAAGUUAUAUUCAGUAUUACAACUUAAUUGCCAUGACGAUGUAACAACGUAAAUCCUUUAAUCUGGUAAACGCUGUAAUCCCGGCAAUUUUUAUUUUUACGGUUUUAUUUUAUGAAUCUAAGAUCAUGUUAGUGCAUAAAAUGUGUACAUCUUGUGGCUAUACCUUUGAAACAGUGUGGAUUUCAACGUAUAUGGAUUGGCCCCUCAAUUCCACUGUAAGUGCCUUCCUGUAACUGCAAUUUUCUUUUCCUUUUUUUAAUAAAUGUGGGACAACUCGAAGUAAUUUUAUGUGGUAAUAAACAUUAAGCCACAAAUGCUGUCGAUUGAGAUUUGAUAAGUUGUUAAUUACUUGUAUCGAACCUUGAAUAUUCCUGUAAAUGAAGAAGCCCUUUCCAUUCCCCUGAACAUUAAUUUUUUUGUGUUUUAGCAAAAGAAAAGCUUAUUUGUAUCUGUUUUUAUCCCCUAAUUUGCUGCUCCAUGUACAUUUACAAGCUGUGUACAUGAAAUCAACAAUCAAUUGGCUAAAGCAAUCAUCAAAUGUUUUUUUUGUUUUUUUUU